GCUCUCUCUCGGCGGACGAAGCUCUCUCUCGCUUCGAUUUCUCUCUCGACUCCUUCUCCUGUUUAAAUUUGCUUUAAAGACGAUGCAACAAGGUCAGGAGAAGAAGCAAGAAGAUAGUGAUUUUAAACAUUGGGAAAUGGUGGAAUCAUAUGAGCAGCAUGGUGAUGAAAAUGAUGGGCAUGUUCCAUAUGUACCUUCUGGUGACAGAAUUAUGGAGGCUAUGCGGGAUCCUGUUAAAUCUCUUUUGAUGUUGCAGGUUGAUCUUAAGGCUGAGGCAGAGAAGACUGAUGGUGGUGUUGGAACUGGUAACCAGAAUAAGAAUUUGAAGACUUUGACAAAGGAGAUGCUCUAUAUGAGGCUCGGGUUGUAUUGUUAUUAAGAUUUUUGAAGUUUAUGUUUGGUAAUGAUGUUGGCUCUUCGUUAAUUGUCAUAACAUAUGUUUUGGUUCUUAUAAAAAAAUCAAUUUCAU